AAACGCGUGUGAAAUCGCCUCUAAACCUUUGACUUGCCUUUCUUCUUCAUCAGUCCAUAUAUACACCCACCUGAAAAACACCACCACCCCCCACCCACCCAAAAAAAUAAAAAACAACCAAAAUCCAAAACUCAACCUCUCCAUCAACCCAUCAAACAACCUAUGUAUCCUUAAUUUGAAUACCAUCAUCAAGAAAGAGAAAAAAAACCCAGAAAAAGCGUGUGAAAUCACAUCUAAAGUUCCAAACAUUUGACUCUGCUUUUUCUUCAUCACUCCAUAUAUCAUAUAUCACCAAAAAAACACACACACACACCCACCAGAAAACCAAAAUCCCAACAAACAACCUAUGUAAAAAGAGAAUUGCCACACAGCUAGUUGCCCGUUUACCUACCCGUUCUUCUAUAAUUUUCCUUAAUAUUUAUCAUAUUUUCAUUUUCAAUUUUCAAAUCUAUUGAAUUAUGAAUCCCAACAUCAAUCCAACAACAUAUGUUUUCCUCCUCCUCUUCCCCAUCAUCCUCUCCAUCCCCACCGUCAACUCCGACGCACGUGCCACCCCCGCCGGCAACCUCACGUGCGGGGGAACACGUGCCACAACCACAUCCUUAAUCCCAACGUUCGUACAAGCCAUGGAACAACUCUCAACCAACCUUAACAACUCCGACACCAACUUCGCCGUUGCAAACCUCACUGCUCCCAAUUUACCCCCGUUUUACGCGUUAAUUCAGUGCCACCGUGAUCUUUCUCGUACUGACUGUCUUGUCUGCUACGCCGUCAGCCGUACCACCGUUCCGGGAUGCCUUCCGGCAACCUCCGGCAGGAUCUUUCUCGACGGGUGUUUUGUUCGGUACGAUAAUCAUAGUUUCUUCCAAGAAGCCGUUGACCCGGUUACUGAUGCUAAAAAUUGUAGUUCGAGUGUUGUGGAUAAUAAUAAUUUUAAUGAUUUUCAAGGUGGGGUUUUGGAGUUUAAUAAAAGUGUUACUGAGUUGGUUGAUAAUCUUACAAGAUUAGCUGUUAAUAAUAGUGGGUUUGGGGUUUUGGAGGGGAAUAGGGUUUAUGGGUUAGCACAGUGUUGGGAGAGUUUGAGUAGUGAAGAGUGUAGGGUGUGUUUGGCUAAGGCAAGAACAGAAGCAAUAAGCUGUUUGCCAAGUAGGGAAGGGAGGAGUAUGAAUGCAGGGUGUUUUUUGAGGUAUUCUACUCACAAGUUUUUCAAUAAUGAUCAAGAUUCUGAUGGGGGUAGUUCUGGGCUUUCUAGUCCAGGAGCCAAAGUAGCUGUUGUGCUUGCUGUAGUUGCCUUCGUCAUGAUCUCAUCUUUUGCUGGUUAUGCAGCAUAUAUAAGGAUAUCAAAGCGCAAAGAAGAGCAAAAAAACCUGGCAUUGAUACCAAGCUCAUUCAACAAGUCUGGAUUGAUGUACAAAUACGAGACGCUUGAGAAAGCAACGAACUACUUUGACGCUUCAAACAAGUUAGGUCAAGGAGGAGCGGGCUCAGUCUACAAAGGAACUCUGCCUAACGGAGAUGUUGUUGCUGUGAAACGAUUGUUUUUCAAUACGCGACAAUGGGUCGAUGAGUUCUUUAAUGAAGUCAAUUUGGUUAGCGCGAUUGAACACAAGAACCUUGUCAAGCUUUUAGCUUGUAGUAUCGAAGGCCCCGAGAGUCUUUUGGUCUUUGAGUUUCUUCCAAACAAGAGCCUUGAUCAUUUCCUUUUCGACAAGGAUAAAGCACAAAUUUUGAGUUGGAGGCAGCGAGUCGAGGUGAUUCUAGGAACCGCAGAAGGUCUAGCAUAUCUUCAUGGCGGGUGUCAUGUAAAAAUCAUCCAUCGGGACAUUAAGAGCAGCAACAUUCUUCUUGACAAAGACUUUUCUCCCAAAAUCUCGGAUUUUGGCCUCGUGAGGACUUUCCCUACCGACCGAAGUCAUCUUACCACCGGCAUUGCUGGAACUUUAGGGUAUAUGGCACCUGAAUACAUAGUCCGAGGUCAACUGACCGAAAAGGCUGAUGUUUUUAGCUUUGGAGUUGUGGUUCUUGAAAUCGCUUGUGGAAAAAGAAACAACGCCUUUGUAGAAGACUCGGGCUCACUUUUGCAAACCGUUUGGAGGCUAUACAAAGAAGGUUCUGUGUCCGAAGCGAUCGACCCAUUGCUAAAAGGUGAUUUUCCUGAACAAGAAGCGUUAGAAGUGGUGCAAAUCGGGCUUUUGUGCACACAAGCGUCUGCGGCUUUAAGGCCAUCAAUGGCGGAAGUGGUCGAGUUUUUGACCAAUAAGAACGGAGAUAAGCAGAUCCCCGUCCCUAAUCAACCGCCAUUUUUAAACGCGCGGGCCCUCAUGUCUCAACAGCUAAGCAGCUCAACUUCUAGCCCGAUGACCAAGGUAGGGAUGUCGUAUACCGCCACGUCACACUCGUCCACGAGUCCGAGUUCAGAGUGGCCUUUAAGAAUUAAUGAAGUGAGCUCGGGUUAGCUCAUUUUGGGUUCAAAAAAGAAGAAAUUUUGUUUGGGAGGAAUUUCUGCAUAUUUUGGACAAAGUUUAAGUUCACAUUUUCUUUUUCGAUUUUUUCUGCAAAUAUAUAGUAUUACAUUGUAAAUUUUUUGUAUUGUAUUUAGUAAAUUAAAAUAAUAAAAAAAGGUUGUUUAAUUAAUCAUUUUUUUAAUAUUAA